AUGAACGACAUCUUCUCAGAUCUCAUCAAUAUUUCGGUUAUCAUCUACCUGGACGACAUUCUCAUUUACUCUUCAGAUCUCGCCUCGCACAAGGAACAUGUCAAGGAAGUGCUCCUACAUCUUCGGAAGCAUGGACUUUAUGCCUGGCCUGACAAGUGCGAAUGGCACGCCGAUCGUGUUGAGUACCUCGGCUAUAUUCUUUUGGCUGACGGUCUCUCCAUGGCAGCUGACAAGAAAGGUGUUCCCUUCAAGUUUUCUGACGAAGCCUGGGAAUUGUUCAACUACCUCAAGAAAGCCUUCACCACAGCUCCUGUCCUCACCCAAUGGAUCCCGGAUCAGCCCAUCAUCCUCGAAACUGACGCUUCCAACUAUGCCCUUGCUGCUAUCCUCUCUAUCGAGCUGACCAAUGGAGAAAUCCACCUGGUUGCUUUCCACUCCCGUAUGUUCAAUCCAACCAAACUCAACUAUGACGUCCACAACAAGGAACUUUUUGCGAUCUAUGAAUUGUUCCAGAUCUGGUGGCACUACCUGGAAGGCUCCGGCACUCCCAUCGACAUUGUUACCGACCACAAGAACCUUGAGUAUUUCGCUACCAUGAAACUCUUGAACUGUCAGCAGGCACGUUGGUCCGAGUACCUAAGUCAGUUCAACCUCAUCAUUCGCUUCCGACCCGGCAAGCUCGGCGCCAAACUGGAUGCCCUUACUAGACAAUGGGACGUCUACCUUAAAGAGGGAGGUAACGACUACGCCACUGUCAACCCUCACAACUUCUGUCCAGUAUUCACCCAGGAACAGCUGGCUAUGUCCCUCCGAGCGUCAACUCUGAUCACACCCUCUCUGCAUGGAGCUACCACCCUCAACAUCAAAAAGCUUCAUGCCGACAUCCAAGAAGCCCUUCUGAAUGAUCCGAUCUCUGCCGCUCAACUUCUGGCACCCUCUGACCCCAAGUUCACCUUUCCCCUGACAGCCUACUACUUCUCAAUGAUCAUAUCUUUGUUCCAGACGUUAACAACUUGCGGAUCCAACAAGACUCUCAAAUUGGUCCGACGAGAAUAUGCAUGGCCCAGCAUGCAUGACUUUGUCAAAGACUAUGUCAAUUCUUGUGUUAUCUGCAACCGAGUCAAGCCGCGCUGCCACAAGCCUUAUGGGCUCCUUAAGCAGCUUCCAGUUCCUGAGUGUCCUUGGAAUUCUAUAUCCAUGGACCUUAUUGAGAAGCUUCUGCCUUCCGCUGGUUUCACUGACAUCCUAGUCAUCAUCGAUAGGCUCACGAAGCAAGCCGUGUUCAUGCUGACACAUUCCGACCUCACAGCCGUCAAGUUGGCCGAGUUGUUCAUCCUCAAUGUAUUCUCCAAGCAUGGUGUCCCCUCUCACGUCACUUCUGAUCGUGGCUCCAAAUUUGUCUCGCACUUCUUCCGAGGCCUGGGUAAGGCUCUCGACAUAGAACUGCAUUUCACUUCUGGCUACCACCCAGAAGGUGACGGCCAGACGGAACACACCAACCAAACCUUGGAACAGUACCUUCGAACCUACUGCAACUACCAACAAGACAAUUGGGUCACUCUCCUUCUGCUUGCUGAAUUUGCCUACAACAAUGCUCCACAUGAUGCCACUGGCGUAUCGCCCUUCUUCGCCAACAAGGAGUUCACUGUUGACCUAGGAGAACUCCACGAGUUCCUUAAGGAAAACAUUCGCAAGUCUCAAAAGCGCUACCAAAAGGCAGCCAACAACCGAUGUCUUCCGGCUCCGAACUUCAAGAAGCUAGCUGAAAAGUUCCUCGGCCCAUACGAGAUCAUAGCCCAAGUAGGAUCUCAUUCCUUCACCCUCUGCCUUCCCCAGUCCAUGCGACUAGUCCAUCCGGUGUUCCAUGUCUCAAUGCUUGAGCCGUUCAAGCCGAGUACUAUUCCGAAUUGUGCCGUUGAGCUGCCGGCACCUGUCAAAAUCGAAGGUGAACUCGAGUAA